AUGUCAACUUCAGCAACACCUUCAUUACCUUUGCAUAAUGCAUCAAACGCCGACUCGUUGCGGCCGCCCUCCACAACACCUAUAAGUGGACGGCCGAAUGCGCCAUCGUCGACAUCCACCUCAACAUAUUCGUUGCUCGAGCCUCAUGAAACUGCCGAGCGACUACGAACCUCCCUUUUACACGGAUUGACACCCGCCGAGGCGGAAGUGCGCUUAGCAAGAGAUGGGCCGAAUGAGCUUCCCCACGAAGAGCCCGAACCUCUAUGGCUGCGUUUUCUCAAACAGUUCAAGGAAUCGCUUAUUCUACUCCUCCUCGGCUCUGCUGCAAUAUCAUUUGUGAUGGGCAACUACGACGAUGCCAUCAGCAUUACUCUUGCGGUGACGAUUGUUGUGACGGUGGGCUUUGUCCAGGAGUACCGGUCGGAGAAAUCUUUGGAAGCGUUGAGCCGUCUUGUACCUCAUUACGCCCAUUUGAUACGUGAUCUUCCGAUGGCUGCUGAGAAUGGCGGCACGCCCCCAUUGGAUUCUGGAAUUGAAAUGAACGAAAUUCGGAGCAAAAGUCCAGGCUCGGCUUCUGCCGCAGUCAAGGCUUCUUCAACCGUCCCCGCGAACGAACUCGUACCUGGAGACCUUGUUCUCUUCACGACAGGCGACCGCAUUCCUGCCGAUAUUCGCAUCACUGCUGCGACGCACCUCAGCAUCGACGAAUCGAACUUAACCGGAGAGAAUGAGCCUGUAGCAAAAUAUGCGGAAGCUCUGCGCAGCACACCUAGCGGAACCCUCGCAGCGUCAAAAGGAAUAGAACCACCUCGAUCCCCAUUCUAUGAUGCGCCGGCUACCGGUGCUGUUGGUGCUGAUAUUCGGUUGAACGAGCAGCACAACAUUGCGUUCAUGGGUACACUAGUUCGUUCAGGAUAUGGUCAGGGCAUCGUUAUCUCGACCGGUGCCAAGACAGAGUUCGGCGCUAUAUCCAUCUCACUUCAAGAAAUCGAAAGCCCCCGAACACCUUUGCAGCUAUCUAUGGAUCGUUUGGGCCAGGAGCUGAGUUACAUCUCUUUCGGUGUCAUCGGAUUGAUUGUAGUUAUCGGUCUUAUUCAAGGUCGCAAAAUUCUCGAAAUGUUCACAAUUGGAGUUUCGCUGGCCGUCGCAGCAAUUCCAGAAGGAUUGCCCAUCAUUGUGACCGUCACACUGGCUCUGGGAGUCUUGCGUAUGGCUAAGAGAGGGGCGAUCAUGCGAAGACUCCCUAGCGUGGAAACUCUUGGGUCUGUCAAUGUCGUGUGCUCUGACAAAACUGGCACUCUCACGUUGAACCACAUGACUGUUACCAAAAUGUGGCAUUUCGAUUGCCCAGAACCAUUCGAGGUGCAAAAAGAUACGAUCUCCGUGCUGCCUCCUAACCCCGCGGCGCAGACGAUUCUUCGCGUCGGUAACAUUGCCAACAACUCUCGUCUGUCGCGAAUGCAUGCAAACUCUCCAGCCAGCGCAUCUUCUGCAGCAGUACUUUCCUCGACUAUAAAUAGUGAUUCAGCUGCUGCCAAGAGUCGGUGGGUGGGUCAACCCACCGAUGUGGCCAUUUUGGAUCUUCUAGACGCUCUAGGAGAAGAUGAUGUGCGCGAUCGUAUCAGCGAUCGCGUUCAUGAGACUCCGUUUAGCUCUGAGCGGAAAUGGAUGGGUGUUGUUAUCGGCAGUUCCGGUUCAUUUGGAAGUUCCCAUGCCUAUAUCAAAGGUGCUCUCGAACAGGUCCUCGCACGCUCAGACACCUAUCUCACCAAGGAUGGCCGGGAGGUCAUUCUAGAUGAGCCGCGCCGCAAAAUCAUUCGGGAAGCAGCAGAAAAAAUGGCAGCGGAGGGUCUGAGAGUCCUCGGUUUCGCCAGUGGGCCCAUUCGCGACACGUCUAGAGGUAGCAGAGGCUUCGGUGGCCGGUCCCCAAAGCUCGCUCAGGGUGAUGGUGACGAGCGCUAUAACGGCUUGGUCUUUGCUGGGCUGGUGGGAAUGAACGACCCGCCGCGUAAAGAUGUGCACAAAGCUAUUCGACGAUUGAUGGCUGGUGGAGUCAGAAUGAUCAUGAUCACUGGUGACGCCGAGACAACAGCUGUGGCUAUUGCAAAGAAGCUCGGUAUGCCAGUCAACGACUCCCCGAGUGCACGCUCAGUCAUCCGAGGUGAUGAGCUCGACCACAUGACUGCCGGCGAGCUUUCACAGGCCAUCUCAACAGUAUCGAUCUUUGCCCGCACGAGCCCAGACCACAAGAUGAAGAUCGUGAAAGCUCUUCAAUCCCGUGGUGAUGUGGUUGCCAUGACUGGUGAUGGUGUUAACGAUGCACCUGCCCUGAAAAAAGCCGACAUUGGUAUUUCAAUGGGCAAGCUUGGCACCGAUGUUGCGAAGGAGGCUGCGGACAUGAUUUUGACGGACGACGAUUUCUCGACUAUUCUACGAGCAAUUGAACAGGGCAAGGGCAUCUUCUAUAACAUCCAGAACUUCAUCACGUUCCAGUUGAGUACUAGUGUGGCUGCACUCAGUCUUGUACUGCUGAGCACUACUCUUGGCUUCAAGAAUCCGCUGAAUGCUAUGCAAAUCUUGUGGAUUAUCCUUCCAGAUAUUCUCAUGGAUGGCCCGCCCGCCCAGUCUCUAGGCGUCGAACCCGUCGACCCCAGCAUUAUGAACCGCCCGCCACGACCUAAAACAGCUCGUGUUUUGACCAAACCUCUGAUCCAGAGAGUGCUCACUUCAGCCAUGAUCAUCAUGAUUGGCACAUUGUCCAUUUAUAUUCACGAAAUGGGCGAUAUCACGGACGGCAGCCCUCUCGAAAAACGUUCCCGCGUCGUCACGGCCCACGACACCACCAUGACCUUCACAUGUUUCGUGCUUUUCGACAUGUUCAAUGCGUUAACCUGCCGCAGUGAGAGCAAAUCCGUCCUGCGCGGUGAAAUGUCUCUGUUUGGAAACAAAAUGUUCAACUACGCCGUUCUCGGCUCCUUGGCCGGUCAGGCCUGCGUGAUCUAUCUGCCAUUCCUACAGCGUAUUUUCCAGACGGAAGCUCUUGGUUUCGGGUCCUUAUUCAAGCUGGUCUGCAUCGCCAGUUCAGUGUUCUGGGCGGAUGAAGGCCGCAAGUAUCUGAACGCGGUUCGUCGUCGGCGUGGAGUAGGCUCAGGCUAUAGUGUCAAUGUCUGA